AUGUUCAAUACAUUGGCGUCUCUCGACCAUUCGGACGUCUUCGGUGACGUCGCGUCGACGGCGCUGGACGAGUUGAUUCGAAAUUCGGCAGCUGCAAUCAGUGGUCACAGCAGUCUGUCCGGCAUUCAGCCGAUGACAGGCUUGAACGGUUCGCAAUUUACGCAGUCGAACAACUUGACGAACUCACAAGACGCUCCCAGUCGAGGACGCAAGAAGAACUCGAGUAUGAACCUCGUCUGCGUUGUUUGCGGCGAUCAGGUAUGCUCUUCGUAA